AUGGCGAGGCCGCAUCUCCUGCUCUGCUUCGACGCCUUCGGCACCCUGUUCCGGCCCAAGCGCUCCGUCGCACAGCAGUACGCCGAGGUCGCGCGGCAAUGCGGCGUCACGGGCUUCAGCGACAGCGAGCUCGAGGCGUCUCUCAAGUCGGCGUUCAAGGAUGAGGCCAAGCGGAACCCCAACUACGGCCGGGCGACGGGUCUUGGUGCAACGAAGUGGUGGACAAACAUCAUUCACAAGACCUUUACACCGUUGACCAACAACCACUCACUCCCAAAGGAUCUCGCCCCCAAGCUGCUGCAUCGCUUCGCGUCCAAGGAAGGAUACGACGCAGAGCCGAAUCUCGCAUCCAUCCUCAGAGCCCUCAAGCGGCCGGAUCACACGAGGCAUUUCGACAGGAUCGUUAUCGGCGUCAUUACGAACUCGGACGACCGCGUUCCGGACAUCCUAGCGUCAUUUGACCUCCACGUCAGCCCACUGAGAUACGGCACCGACGUGGACCCCAGUGCGCUCGCACAGCGCGACUACGACGUCGACUUCCACUGCAUGUCGUACGAUGUGGGCGUCGAGAAGCCGGACCGGCGCAUCUUUGACGCUGCGAGCGGGCUGCUCGUUCGCAUCUUAGCUUCGCGGGAGGGCAAGUCCGAGGACGAGAUCGAAGCUGAGGUCAGCAAGACGUGGCGGAAGGUGUACGUCGGCGACGAGCACGCCAAGGACGUGGUCGGCGCCAGGAAUGCGGGCUGGAGCCCUGUCCUUCUGGAUCCCGAGAACCACUCUGCAGGAACUGCAAGCGUAGAAGACCACCGCGGGCAGACUCUUGAUGAUCUUUUCAAAGAACAUGGCGUUCUUAGAGUAAAGUCGAUACAGAACCUGACCACCUGGCUGUCUGGCGGUGGCGGGAGAUAG